ACCCGCCUGAAACAUACAGAACAUCAUUAGGUGUGACUUGGCACACACUGACUUACUCCAGUGUACGUACAUCCCGUGUGUGUGUGUGUGUGUGUGUGUGUGUCCCAGCAACCCAGCAACUUGCAACUUCUAACUAUCAAGCAGUAAAUACGUGGGUAUUGGAAUAAAGUGCGCCUGUGUUCUGUAUUCUGUCUCUGUCGCUGUCGCUGGCCAGCCGCAUUCGUUCCGUCUAGUCCGUCAUGAGUCAGAGCACAGAGGAACCCAUGGCCGAGUGGUACGUUUCGUAAUUAAUUUCCCUCUCGAACGUUUGGUUAAACGCGAUGCGAUCUAUCGUCGAUCGUAGUCGUCGCACAACAACCCGGGUCACGGUUGCACGUCAAUACAAAUAACAAUCGUCGAGUUUCUUUAAAAACAGUCCACGAGGAUGCCACUUAGACUCGUCAGGUUUAUCGUGUAUAUACCGUCGUCCUCCCAAUUCACUUGUACUUAUUCCUCCGAGAGUUUAAUUCAAUACAAACAAGUCAAAUCAUCAUCACGGUUAUUAUUUACUCCAAAAAAAUUCAGGACUAAUUAAUUGGUGAUAAAUUAAUAUUUUAUUUAUUUAUUCAUCCAUUUAAUUUUUACACACUUUGAUAUCAAGAAGUCGAUACAUUUUUCACGGUAAUAUUUUUUUAAUUAUUAAUAUUUAUUAAGUGUAAUAAGUGAUAAGUAAUAAAAGUGAGCCAGUUGUGUUAUCUUUUAAGUGAGUUAUUAAAUAAAAGUUUUUCCGUGUUUUCAGUGAACGAAAAAAAUAUUUUAUUUUAUAUUACACAUUUAUGGAUAUUUUUUUUUUCAUUGCUACCUUCUGCAGACUGAUGUUUAUUAUUUCCCGGAUAUUCAAGGGUUUUUUUACAAGUAUUUCUGUGAUAAAUCUAAAAGAAGAACUUGAAUAAAUAAAUUUUAAAAAAAUAGCUGAGAGAAUAAAUAGUUUUGCUGGAAAAAAAGGAAUAAAAUAGCCAGCCAGCGUUAAUAGUAUAAAUAAUUGAAAAAAUGGAUCCUGGACGCAAUAGACCAAGUCGACCACGGCUAAGGUCACAUGGAAAUCCCUCACGGGUUCUUGUGUUCGAUCAAGCUGAGUCUGAGGAUCAUAAAAAUAAUCCAAUGGAACCAGAGACUACUCGGAGGUCACUGCCAGCGAAAGUUGAGAGCAAAGAGGCACCAGUUCGUGCUUCUGGCAACGAAUUGUCUAACCUUGUAAGAAUGCGUAAUUCUGCUAUCGGUAAAUCUGCGCCAUCACUCUCAGUUCACAUGCGCGAAUUUAAUAUUCCUCGACGGGCAGCUAAAGCAGCACAACGUAAAUCCUUUAUCGCGACAACUUCACCCACUCUACCUCGAUGUCACUCACCAAUGUCUGCUUUUGUUCCUAUUGUGGGCAGUCCGCUUGAAAGUCCACGCAUGUCAUCAAGUCCUCAUUUUGCAUUUGCUCCAAUCAAAAGAAUUGGCUGCGGAGCAGGAACUGCUGAUGGUAGACGGUGGUCAGUUGCAAGCCUGCCUUCGAGUGGUUACGGAACAACUCCUGGUUCCAGCAACGUAUCGUCACAAUGUUCGAGUCAGGAACGUUUACAUCAGUUGCCAAACAUUCCAACAAAGGAUGAAUUACGUAUGCUGUCUUGUCACUUCUCCAAGCCCGGGACUCCUUGUUCUUCGCAUCCAGGAUUCCCGGGCUCAAGUAUAUCUAGCAUUCCUGGUAGUAUAUCAUUUAGUCUUGAAGAAGAAGGAAGAAGAUCACCAUUACAUCGUCCAAGAUCUCGCAGUUUGAGUAGUCCAAGCCGAUCGCCAGUGCUUGACAAUGAAAUCGUUAUGAUGAAUACACUCUACAAAGAACGUUUUCCGAAGGCAACACAACAAAUGGAGGAACGUCUUACAAAUUUUAUAAACGAAAACAAAGAGAUAGAUGAAUACGAGAUAGUUUCGCAUGUGGCUCAAGACUCGUUACCUAUCAUCAGAUUUGUUCAUCACCAAAUAAUAGAGAUGGCACGCGACUGUUUACAAAAGUCACAAGAGAAACUUAUUACUUCUCGUUAUUUUUACGAGAUGACUGAAAGCCUUGAGCACUUGUUGAUGGAGACGAAGGAUAAAUCUUUAGAGGCAGCGACACAUUUAACUGGGUUAAUUAAGAAAUUAUUGUUGAUAAUUUCGCGGCCAGCUAGACUACUAGAGUGCCUAGAAUUUGAUCCUGAAGAAUUUUAUCAUUUAUUAGAACAAGCUGAGGGUCAAGCUAAAAUAAAUAAUGGCAUAAAGGCAGACAUUCCUCAAUAUAUUAUUAGUAAAUUAUCGCUUAAUCGAGAUCCCAUAUCUGAUCUUCAAGAAGAUAUAAAUAAACUGGAAGAUUCGGCAAGUUUAAAUAGCAGUAAUUUAGAUUUAGCGUCAUCGAGUCCACACAAAGACGAUGAUAAUAAAUCACAGCGUGUGCCAUGUGAAAGUGAUUACGAGGUUGUUAAAUUGAUAAGUAAUGGUGCUUAUGGUGCGGUAUAUUUAGUUAAAGAAAAAACAACACGCCAACGUUUAGCACUUAAAAAAAUAAAUAAAAAUAAUUUAAUGCUACGUAAUCAGGUCGAUCAAGUGUUUGCAGAACGUGAUAUUAUGAGCUUUACAGAUAAUCCAUUUGUCGUGUCAAUGUACUGCAGUUUUGAGACUAAAAAACACUUGUGUUUAGUAAUGGAGUACGUAGAGGGUGGUGAUUGCGCUAGUUUACUUAAAAAUAUUGGCCCAUUACCGCCAGAUAUGGCACGAUUUUAUUUUGCCGAGACAGUACUUGCAGUUGAGUACUUACACAGCUACGGAAUAGUCCACCGUGAUUUAAAGCCGGAUAAUUUAUUAAUAACAGCUCUUGGUCACAUUAAAUUGACUGAUUUUGGUCUGAGUAAAAUGGGUUUGAUGUCAUUGGCGACAAAUUUGUACGAGGGCUAUAUUGAUCGCGACACCCGGCAAUUUUCUGACAAACAAGUCUUUGGUACGCCCGAGUACAUUGCCCCAGAAGUUAUUUUGCGUCAAGGAUACGGCAAGCCGGUCGACUGGUGGUCUAUGGGAAUAAUUCUCUACGAAUUUUUGAUCGGCUGUGUUCCAUUUUUCGGCGAAACGCCUGAAGAGCUGUUCGCCCACACGGUUAAUGAUGACAUAGAGUGGCCGGAUGAAGAAGACUGGCUAGUACAACCAGAAGCUAAAGAUAUUAUAACUAAUUUAUUGCAACAAAAUCCGCGUGAGCGGUUAGGUACUGGCGGUGCUCAUGAAGUUAAAGAGCAUUUGUAUUUCUUUAACGUUAAUUGGAACACACUUUUGCGGCAAAAAGCUGAAUUUGUUCCACAAUUGACUAACGAAGAAGACACCAGUUAUUUUGACACACGGAUGGAUCGUUACAGUCAUGAUUUUGGUGAGGAUACUGAUGAUACUGAUGAUUCACCUUUAUUCGGAAGUUUCUCUUCUUAUUCACCGCAAUCACGGAAAAUAUCCCAAUCAAGACCGCCAGUUCUUGUUAAUGAUAAUAAUGAGCUUGAUUUUACCAAAAAACAACUUUUCCGCAACGAACUUGAACGCAGUGUGUCGCAAUUAUCACCCAGCUCUUCCUAUUCACCCCCUCUGAGAUUAAACCCCGAAAAAAGUCAUCCGUUGUCCUCGUUGACUAUCGAUAAAAAUCGCUUUCCUCUGCCGCCCACUGCCAAAAAUACUCAGGACAGUAGUAAUGAAGCUAACAAUAAAAGCUUGGAUAGUACCAAGAGUCUCGACAGUAGUGAUAGUCAUAACAAAAGCUUGGACUCGACUGUUUCAUUAAAUAGCAGUCUAGCCUCAACUUUAAGCGGAAGUAGCAACAAUAGCAGUAGUGGAGAGUCGCGUAAUACUGUUAUUAAGAAACCAACUGAAGCUUUGGGUGCUGUUAAUACUUCGUCUAAUACUGCAAGUGUUAAUCUCAGUACUCCGGAGUCUUCGCAAACUGAAUCGGAUGAUAUUAGUCCGCAGAUUCAUAGACGAAGACAUAAUCAUGCGCGUGAUAAGCUGCCCAGGUUCAGUAUUUCCAUUGAUGGUGAUCACAUGAUUGAUUUAGCAGCAGCUAAUAAAGAAAUAGCGGAAGAUAAACAUAAUUCAAGUACAGAUUCAUUUGAAUCGUUGAACACAGCACCGCUUCCGUUCACCACGAAACAAAAAUCACGUUCUGUUAUUAAAUCAGCAUCAACUAGCGGACUUUCUCUCGUUAUUCCUACAAAUGAUUUUUCAUACGACCCAUCUAUAUGCCAGUCGAUAGAAUCUCCUGGUGGUUCAUCGACAGCUUCAUCGAGAGAUACAUCACCUUGCCGUGAAUUAAGUCCACUUGUUACGAGUUUGAAACCUCCGAUAAUUAUCCGUCGUGGUCCGAAUGGUUUUGGUUUCACUGUUCAUACUAUAAGAGUUUAUUAUGGAGAUAGUGAUUUUUACACAAUGCAUCAUUUAGUUAUGGCUGUAGAUCAAUCGAGCCCUGCAUUUGAAGCUGGUUUAAGACCAGGUGAUCUAAUCACACAUAUCAAUGGUGAACCAGUACAAGGUCUAUAUCAUACACAAGUGUUACAAUUAAUGCUCAGCGGUGGAGAUCAUGUAACACUUCGUAGCACACCCUUGGAGAAUACAAGUAUUAAGACUGGCGGCCGGAAACGCGAGUUCGCACAAAGUAAGAUGGCCCGCAGGACAUUGCACCGACAGCGUAAACAAAAACGCGAUCAUUCGGAUAAGAAAAGGAAGACGUCUCUUUUCCGGAGAAUAAGCUCCAAACGCGCGAGCGUUGAAAUGCAGCAGCCAUUAACUAUCAGUUGCCCAUUGUCGGCACCCAUUCUACCCAGCGACAGCAAACCUCCACUUAUGAUGGCCGCAGGAAUAUGUUCUCCGUCCAUGGUAACACCGAGCCGUUCAUUCCAGUCGUUCACUCGGUCUUUACCGCCUCAACAAGAGUCCUCGGCAUAUUUUGCUGGUCUACCUAAGUCUGUAUGUACUCCGUCCUCAUCGACGUCAAACCGUCCUAGCGUGGAUUCUUAUCAUUCACCUGGAGGGAACUCAAGCCCUUGCUCGAGCCCGAAUUCGUCUUCGUCACCGGGCUCAAGUACUUCUGUAGGCGCUGGUAUCAGCACGAUUGCUAAUCAAUCGCCCCAUUAUCAGCGGCCAAGUACACUACACGGGUUGAAACACAAAUUACACUCGGCUGCUAAAAAUAUACACUCGCCUAAUCGCAGAAAGUCCGUCGGUCACAUUCCACUGUCACCGUUGGCAAGGACUCCCAGUCCUUCGCCAAUUCCUGCCAGUCCUACGCGAAGUCCAAGUCCUCUGGCCUUUCCUACUGGACACCAGCCUGGCAGUUCUAACACUACACAGUCAUACAGUCCAGGAACUUCUUUGUCUACUCCAGCGAGCUCCAAAAAAAGUUACGGCCGUCCAAAGUCAGCAGAGCCAGGUUCACCUUUACUGCGUCGGGCUUUGAGUCCCGACAGACUCCACCCACGUUCAGCGGAAAAUAAAACUUCAAUAUCUCCGUUGGCAAACAGCGUAGUGCGUGUAACUCCCAGAGUGACGAUCGCUCAGACUUCACACCCGGAAUCCAGCGAUGAUAACAGCGACGCGUCCAAAGACAAUGACAAGAAUGACAUAAAAAAAUCCGUUGAAAAAUCCAGCGAGUACUCAAAGAUAUCACACACCAUUCCCAUGUCUAUAAACAUCCCCAUGGGUGGUGUCGGAUUGUCCAACUCUUGUGGAGGGACUCAGUUGCCUCGAAUCGCCGAAGAAAAAGACUCUCCAACUGGAUGCAAGAGCGACGAUUAUUGCAAGGACAUCAGCGAGUCCACAAUAUGUUUGAGUGAUAAAAUUACUUCUGGGCUAGACAAAAAUGACGACAGUAAAAUAAGCUCCAACUCGGAGAGCAGCGCGUCUUCAGAUUCCGUCAGGACUGUGAUACCUUGUGUCAGUGAGGGCGGCAAAUCAUCACUGUCAUCAAUGUCUUCUUUGUCAUCAUCAACUUCAUCGAUAUCUACCACUUCAUCUACUUCAACUUCAGUGUCAAUGUCUACUGCUUCUUCAGCUGCGAACCAAUGCUUGAAAAAUCCCACUUCAACUUCAACUUCUGCUUCGACUUCAACUUCCGCUUCAACUUCAACUUCUGCUUCAGCUUCAGCUUGCAAUGAAUUCGACGCGGCGACUCCUAAAAUUAUAGAGUGUAAAAUAUUUAACAAAAGUAAAAUGGAAACAAGUCCUGAGACGCGUAAAAUUUUAAAGAGAUACAAAGUUGACAGUACAGAUUCGUCGACUUCCGGAUCUUCUAAACCGGAAACUAGUGCAGCUGAGGAUAAAAAAAAUAAGUAAAGUUAAUUAUUUUUAUUUAUUAUUAUUAUUUUGUCAGUUAUUUAUUUAUAGUAAUACAAAUAAAUUGUAUUGAGUCGGAAGCAUACUUUUAUUCAUAUUUGGAUAAUUUGAUUAGUUGCUUUCUUUCUUUACAUAAAUUUAUAGAAAAUCAUCAGAUAAUUUUAAUCCAACACCCUUUCGAUUGUAAAUAAUUAAAAUUAUAGAUGAUUGUAAGUGUAAAUAGCGGGAAAAAAAAAAUUAAAAUUAUUUGUCAGGCUUUUGUGUCAGAUAUUUAAAAUACAUCACAGCAUACGCAUUCCUUUUUUGGUCAUUAUGUAAAUUAAUAAUUAAUAUUUAAUAAUAUUGAUAAAAAAUAUAAAUAUCCAGGAUAAUUCUUAUAAAUUAUGUACACUCGACUGAAACAUCGUCAUAUUAAGUAUUUAAUCGAUCUCAUUUUCAUUCACAUUUUAAAUUUAAUAAUAUUGUUGUUAUUUCAAUAGACAAGCAUGUUUGAAUUUUACAAAAAAAAAAAAUCGGCUAAAAAUAAUUUUUUUUUUAGACCACGGAAAAAACAAGA